AUGCCGCCGAAGGUCCGCAAGGUGCGCGCACGGACUCGGACUGAGCUCAAAGACGAGCAGAAGGCCGAGAUUAAGGAGGCUUUCGACCUCUUCGACACGGAUGGCACAGGGACCAUUGAAGCCAAGGAGCUCAAGGUGGCACUGCGAGCCUUGGGUUUUGAGCCCAAGAAGGAAGAGUUGAAAAAGCUCGUUUCAGACUUAGACAAAAGCGGCAGUUCACACGUGCAGGGAAUGCUGGAUUUCAACGAGUUUCUGGAAAUCAUGACAGCAAAGAUGAGCGAGAAGGACUCCAAGGAGCAGAUACUGAAAGCGUUUCAGCUUUUCAAGGGGCCAUCCGGAAAGAUCUCCUUCGAUGAUCUGAAAGCUGUUGCAAAGGAGCUUGGAGAGACCAUGUCGGAUGAAGAGCUGCAGGAAAUGAUCAGAGAGGCAGACAAAGACGAUGAUGGCGAGGUCAGCGAAGAAGAGUUCAUGCGAAUCAUCCGAAGGUCGACCUUGUAA